AUGCCGUGUCUUGUCGUGACGCUGGUCGCUCUGCUGGGGCUCCUGGUGCCCAACGAAUCAGGGGAGAAGAUUACGAUUGGAAUCACGUCUCUGCUGGCAAUGAUAGUAUUGCUGCUUGUUAGUUCACAGUCAACGCCACCGACGUCGAUUGUGACCCCUCUUAUUGUUGUGUACUAUACAAUCAACAUCGUCAUUGUGUCUCUGAGUGUUGGUCUGGCCGUGUUCACUCUGAAUAUCCAUCACCGAGGGGCGAGAGGACACAGACCCCCACGGCUUGUCAAAACACUGUGUUUCGGUUUUCUUGCGAAGAUCCUCCUUGUCAAAGUAGACCUGCCAGAGUCUGCCAAGCUGGAAAUGAUACCAAAUCCUGCUAAUCAUCAGGCCAUGAAUGCAUACCAGCCAGCACCCACCCCGACAGAGGGACAACCUGGUGGAGGGAAUAACGUGGUGGAUGUUCUCAACCGACUGCUCCACACGGUAGAGAAGGCCAUGGACCUACACAAGAGGAGGAUCACAACACAAGACAGUCUUGACGAGGCUACAUAUGAGUGGAAACAGCUGGCCAUCGUUCUCGAACGCGCUCUGACGAUUAUAUUUCUCAUCGUCACUGUUUGUACGACGAUUGCAAUGUUCUCGUAG